GGCUAACGUACGCGGUCUACUUUUAACAUUAUAAAGCAAGCGAGUUUGAAUUCAGUUUUUUUUUUUUUAAAAAUUAAAUCGAGUAGUGCAGUGUUUUUUUCUAAAACACGUUUUUAAAAACGGUAUCUAAAACUAAAUACUUCCGACAGACAAAUCGCGUUUUUGUCGUUCAAGUGUUUGAAAAAUAAUAAAAAUAAAUUAUUUCAUCAGUAAAUAGAAAAAAUCUGAACAAAAAAACUGGCUAAAAUCAACACAGACAUUUAAUUGAUUGUAACACAAACUUAAAAUUAAAAUUUUAACAGUAUUUAAACAGAAACACAAAACACACAUAAACAACAAUGAAGAUCCCUACCAUGAUUACCGAAAUCGAUGAUGUACCCGCCAUUAUGGUGGGAGACUACAAAUUACAAUUUGAAUUGGGCGAACCCAGUGAACGUUCAAAAGAAGUCGCUGCUCGUGAACUAAGAGAAACUCCUGAAAAUAUCAAAAAUGCCACAGCAGAACUUAAGAAGUUAUUGGAUGCUGAAACUGAUUUAAAAUGUCCCCGAGAUGAUUUGUUCCUAUUGAGAUUUUUAAGAGUUUGCAAAUUCUAUCCCGAUAGUGCUUUGAAAUUGAUUAAACACUACUAUUCGUUUAAAGUUAAACAUGCCAAUGUCUAUAAAGAUUUAUUACCCAGCAAUGAGAAAAAUGUAUUCGAUCAUAAUGUUAUUAUAGUAUUUCCCAAUAGAGAUCAAUUGGGCAGAAGAGUAGCGGUUUUGGAAUUGGGAAAGAACUGGAAUCACAAGAAGGUGUGCUUGGAUGAGGUCUUCAAGGGUGCCGUUUUAUAUUUGGAAGCUGCCAUGUGGGAGCCGGAAACUCAAAUCAAUGGUGUGGUAGUGAUCUUCGAUAUGGAUGGUUUAAGUCUACAACAAACUUGGCAAUUUACCCCAGCCUUUGCUAAACGUAUUGUGGACUGGCUGCAAGAUGCUGUGCCCCUACGUAUCAAGGCCAUACACAUUGUCAAUCAACCCAAAAUCUUUAAUGUAGUAUUUUCAUUGUUCAAACCUUUCUUGAGAGAAAAGUUGCGUAAUCGCAUUAUUUUCCAUGGCACCGAUCGUGAGUCAUUGUACAAAUACAUGUCACCCGAAAUAUUGCCCGCCUGUUAUGGUGGCACUCGCAAGGAGCCACGCAUUGAUGGUGACCAAUGGUACAAGCUGUUGCUGCAGUGUGAAAAAGAAUACAAGGCCAUUAAUUCUUAUGGUUAUCAAAAGUAGAGAGAAGAGAGUUUGUUAAAAA